GAAUUGACUGAAAAACCAACAGGUGUCUGGGAGGGAACUGGUUUGCGUUCUCUCGGCUUCUGCAGCAGGAUGAGGAAGAUGACUUGAGGUUGGCCUGAAGGAGGGCCGCUCUCCUGCGCGGAAUGCGAUGUUGAUUCUGAGGCAUUGAUGUUUUACAAUGCCUGAUCAAGACAAAAAGGUGAAGACCACAGAGAAAUCAGCCGAUAAAAAGCAGCAAGGGACCACCACCAGGGACUAUUCAGACCUUAAAAGACUUCGCUGCCUUUUGAACGUUCAGUCAAGCAAACAACAGCUUCCAGCCAUUAACUUUGAUAGUGCCCCAAAUAGCAUGACGAAGUCUGAGGCUGCCAUCAAGGCGGGGGGAUACAGAGCCCGUGGUCAUUGGCAUGAGUCCACAGAAGCUGUUGAACUUGAAAAUUUCAGUAUAAACUACAAGAACGAGAGGAAUUUCAGUAAACAUCCACAGCGUGAGUUAUUUCAGGAGAUCUUUACGGCUCUGGUGAGAAACAGACUCAUAUGCAGAGAGUGGGUUAACCGAGCUCCAUCCAUUCAUUUCCUGAGAGUGUUAAUUUGCCUGAGGCUGCUAAUGAGAGAUCCAUGUUAUCAGGAAAUACUCCAUAAAUUGGGUGGGAUUGAAGACCUAGCUCAGUACAUGGAGAUUGUGGCCAACGAGUACCUGGGCUACGCGGAGGAGCAGCACUGUGUGGACAAGCUGGUCAACAUGACGUAUAUUUUCCAGAAGCUCGCUGCCGUGAAAGAGCAAAGAGAAUGGGUCACUGCCAGCGGAGCCCACAAGACACUAGUGAAUUUACUUGGUGCCCGAGACACUAAUGUCCUGUUGGGUACUCUUCUGGCAUUGGCUAGCUUAGCAGAGAGUCCAGAGUGCAGGGAGAAGAUCAGUGAACUCAACAUAGUAGAAAAUCUCUUGAUGAUUCUGCAUGAAUAUGACUUACUCUCCAAAAGGCUGACGGCGGAGCUCCUGCGCCUGCUCUGUGCCGAGCCCCAGGUGAAGGAACAGGUAAAGCUCUACGAGGGCAUCCCCAUCCUGCUCAGUCUGCUCCACUCGGACCACCUGAAGCUGCUGUGGAGCGUCGUCUGGAUUCUGGUGCAGGUGUGUGAGGACCCGGAGACCAGCGUGGAAAUCCGGAUCUGGGGUGGCAUCAAGCAGCUCCUUCACAUUUUACAAGGAGACAGGAAUUUUGUUUCUGAUCGGUCCUCCAUCGGAAGCCUGUCCAGUGCAAAUGCUGCAGGGCGAAUCCAGCAGCUGCAUUUAUCCGAAGACUUAAGCCCUGGGGAAAUACAGGAGAAUACUGUCUCUCUCCAAGCAGCCUGCUGUGCUGCCCUCACUGAGCUGGCUCUCAAUGACACCAAUGCCCACCAAGUGGUUCAGGAAAAUGGAGUAUAUACAAUCGCGAAAUUAAUUUUACCAAAUAAACAAAAGAAUGCUGCACAAACAAAUCUCCUACAGUGUUACGCUUUCAGAGCCUUGAGGUUUCUCUUCAGUAUGGAAAGGAACCGGCCGCUCUUUAAAAGACUUUUCCCCACUGACCUGUUUGAGAUCUUCAUUGACAUAGGCCAUUACGUCCGCGAUAUCAGUGCCUAUGAGGACUUAGUGUCACAGCUGAAUUUACUGUUGGAGGAUGAACUGAAGCAGAUUGCCGAGAAUAUUGAAAGCAUCAAUCAGAAGAAGGCGCCACUGAAGUACAUAGGCGACUAUGCCGUGCUGGACCAUCUUGGAAGUGGAGCUUUUGGCUGUGUUUACAAGGUUAGGAAACGUAGUGGUCAAAACCUUUUAGCAAUGAAGGAGGUCAAUUUACAUAACCCAGCAUUCGGGAAGGAUAAGAAAGACCGAGACAGCAGUGUGAAGAACAUUGUUUCUGAAUUAACAAUAAUUAAGGAGCAGCUUUAUCAUCCCAACAUUGUACGUUACUAUAAAACAUUUUUGGAAAAUGACAGAUUGUAUAUUGUCAUGGAGCUUAUAGAAGGAGCCCCACUGGGAGAGCACUUUAGCUCUCUGAAGGAAAAACGGCAGCACUUCACCGAAGAAAGACUGUGGAGAAUAUUUAUACAGCUGUGCUUAGCUCUCCGGUACCUACACAAGGAGAAGAGGAUUGUCCACCGGGAUCUGACGCCAAACAACAUUAUGUUGGGCGAUAAGGACAAGGUGACAGUUACUGACUUUGGACUGGCAAAGCAAAAACAGGAAAGCAGUAAGCUCACGUCUGUGGUGGGAACGAUCCUCUAUUCUUGCCCAGAGGUCCUGAAGAGUGAGCCAUAUGGAGAGAAGGCUGACGUCUGGGCUGCAGGCUGCAUCCUUUAUCAGAUGGCGACUCUGAGUCCUCCCUUCUGCAGCACCAACAUGCUCUCCUUGGCUACUAAAAUAGUGGAGGCAGUGUAUGAGCCAGUGCCAGAAGGCAUCUACUCUGAAAAAGUGACAGAUACCAUUAGCAGCUGCCUCACUCCUGACGCAGAAGCCCGUCCAGACAUUGUAGAAGUUAGCUCCAUGAUCUCAGAUGUUAUGAUGAAGUAUUUGGACAACUUAUCCACAUCCCAGCUGGCCCUGGAGAAGAAACUGGAAAGGGAGCGGAGGCGCACACAGAGAUACUUUAUGGAAGCGAACAGGAAUGCGGUCACAUGUCACCAUGAACUGGCCCUGCUGUCCCAGGAAACCUUUGAGAAGGUGAGCCUGAGCAGCAGCAGCAGCGGGGCAGCCAGCCUGAAGAGUGAGCUCUCUGAAAGUGCAGAGCUGCCCGGCGAGGGCUUCCACGCCACCGCCAUGCAAUGUGGGAAGGAGGAGGACAGGCCCUGCGAGGAGGCACUGUCCGAGGACGCCUUCCAUCUGGAGGGGGUGGAGAAAGAUGUGUAUUCUGAGCUGGAUGAAGAGCUGGACAUCUUGGACAACUGCAGCAGCUCCAGUUCCAGCCCUCUAAAGGAGUCUACAUUCAGCAUUUUAAAAAGAAGUUUCAGUGCUUCGGGAAGAGAAAGGAACUCACAGGCCAGAGACUUCAUUGGUGGCCUAGGAUCAAGAGCAAGACCAGCAUCCGCAGGUAUCGCAGUAUCCCAGCGGAAAGUAAGGCAGAUCAGCGACCCCAUUCAGCAGAUUCUCCUCCAGCUUCACAAAGUCAUCUACAUCACGCAGCUGCCUCCAGCUCUGCACCAUGAUCUGAAGAGAAGGGUUAUAGAGAGAUUCAAGAAAUCCCUGUUCAGCCAGCAGAGCAACCCUUGUAACCUCAAAUCUGAGAUUAAGAAGUUGUCCCAGGGGUCUCCAGAGCCGAUUGAGCCAAACUUUUUUACAUCGGAUUACCACUUACUGCGUCAUUCCCUGGCUGCAAACAACUGGUCCCAAAGUGACCCCACAGGUCCGGCCAGCAGCCUGGAGCUGGAAGAGGGAUUCACAUACGAGCAGAUGCAGACUGUGAUCGAAGAAGUCCUGGAGGAGAGUGGCUAUUACAACUUCACAACUAACAGACCUUCUAGAUCUCACUCUUAUCCGUGGGGGACCACCAAGAAUUACCCAACCAAAAGAUAAGAGCACUGCUCUGGAGCGGAUGGAGUUUCCCAGUCAAGUUCAAGUUCUAGGCUUCAGCUAAGACUGCAAGAUGCCUGGGACUGGCUGCUGCUAGGAUGGCAUAGGAAAGACCAAGUCACAGUACUGCAGGAGUUGCUCUUGUUCUCUGACAGGGGUGUGUGGUAGCCACAGUGCUGGGUCUCUGUCCCCUGUGUGCAAUACAGGCCAGCAGUGUGCUUCUGGGAGAAAACACUACAGAAGGGCUCCCAGGAGAGGGUUGGGUGGAGCACAGAACUUUCCUCAAGGUUAAUCAUAAAAAAAAAAAAACUUAUAUUUUUCAAAGGAACAUUUUAUACUCACAAUUACUAAAACUAUGCUUAAAAUAUGUAGCCUUGCAUGUACACAGAUAGUUUUAGAUAAAAAAAAUUACAUGACCCUGAGCAAAAGAUUAUGUAUUCCAUUGUGUUCACCACUGUUAAUCUUACAAGACAUUCAGAAUAUGAUAGUUUGUAAAUGAAAUGAUUGGUUCUCUCUGAUCCACAUGGAUGCUAGAGGUUCCGAGACGUGACACAGUGCAGACAGUAUUUGUAACCUUGCACACAUCUGGGAGCAGCUGUCAUUGUGACCUUGCACACAUCUGGGAACGGCUAUUACUGUAACUUUGCACACAUCUGGGAACGGCUAUUACUGUAACUUUGCACACAUCUGGGAACGGCUAUUACUGUAACUUUGCACACAUCUGGGAGCGGCUGUCAUACUCUGAUUGCAGCUUGACUAGUAGAAUCUACUGGUGUGUAACGUGUGUGUGUGUGUGUGUGUGUGCACAUAUGUCCAGGGAAGAAGGGAGGUCUGAUGAGUUGAUACUUUGCUGCUGAUCAAGCUUGCAGUGUUUCUAGAACACUGAAGAAGCCAUAGACCACGGAAGAUAUGACAGCCCUUAUUCUAGACCUUACCAAAUUACCUGUGUGUAAGAUGGACGUUUAUCGUUUGGGAAUGCCCCCAAAGUCAUAAAAUAAAAUAGAAAUUCCUUUUUUAUCCAUUGAGAUGGUCCAUGGAAAGAGGAAUCCGAAUGCCAAAUAGCAUCCUGUCUCUAAUGAGAGAGUUUUUCUAGACCACUGGGUUCAAAUCCUUCCUCUUAAACUGGCUUCUGAUAGCUCUAGUCUAGCACCAGCCCAGACUGUACAUGUCCCCACUUCAGAAACAAUUCAUUGCAUGCAAUUAGCAAACUGGAAGAUGAAAUUACACGUUUAACUUCCCAUUGAUUUCUGUUAUCUAAAACUGAUGUGUUUUAGCAUGAUUGAAUGGUAUAAUAUAUUGGCAGUCAUUGAGACACACUAUAACCUUCUUGAAUAGUAUACAAAUCACUUAAUGUGAAUUCAUUCUAUUUUUUAGAAUUAGCAUGUUUUACAUUUGAAUUAAUCACAAUUCUCUUUGGUCCUAGACUAACUAAUGCCUUUCAGGGUUACUAAUGAGUGUUUUCUUUCUUUAAGCAAAGAGAACAAUUAAAAUACAGUGUCAUUUUAAAUAUUAAAUGCAGUGAUGAAAAAUUUCAGUUUCAGCUCUCAAAACAAUUCUGUCUGUACAUGGAUUUCACACACAGAAUCUAAAUGCUGUGACUGAUUCUCUGAAGCCAAGUUUUCUUUGUGUCUGCACAGUCAUUCUGAAGCUCACCUGAUGUAUGUCAGGAGGCCUAGAGGGGGUAUGGACUUGAGACGCCCUACAUAGAAUGUACUAAGCUGUGGGGUGAAUGUUUAAAUAGUCAAAUUCUUUCUCAAAUGGUCAUAGAUAGUAAAUAAAAAGACUAGCACCCAUUGCCUUGGUAAAAGAAGAAAUGUUUAAUUGAGGUAUUUUUCGAUGGGUACAGUCUACUGACAGAAAAGGAAAAGAUACACAGUUUCUCCGUAUCUCUUUUAGGUUGUGGGAAUGGCCUUUACCACAAAACAAGCUGAUAAGAUUAGCAAAAAGAAGCCAGACAUAGCCCUGUCCCAACUGCUCAGGUUCAACUGGGCAGUAGCGGGGUGGUCUUGCUAAGGUGCAGGCUGUGUGUGCUCCCCUCGAGUUCAAUGACUCAUCCUCCAUAUGUAAGGAAAUCCUGGAAUGAAGCCUUUCCCCAAGCAGUGAAGUCAGCCUUUCCAAAGCGCUCUCUGUGACCUCAGACGAGAACAAGAACUGUAGUUUUGUCUUGAUCAGCUGAAAUGUCUUUAGGGCAAAGCCUUGGCUGCUUGAUAUUAACGCGCCUCAUAAUCUCUCCUUGAUUGCAUUUCCAUCUUUUCUUUUUGCCUUUUAUAAUUUUUAACGAUUUGUUGUACAAUGAAAUCCUGUAAAUUGUUGAGUCCAUCUCAUUCUCAGUGACCGAAUAUGGUACGGGGUAGAAUCUGAAUUAAUCUCUUCGUGGAACUUUCGAUCACACAUGCUCCGGCUCAUUAUGCUUUGACCAGCAGCUCCUUCUGCUUAUCUUGAAACCACCAUGCACUCCUGAAAAGAAAAAGGUCCUGUUCUCAGGAAACUGGUGGUAGCAAGUUUUUGUCUUUGUCUUGGGGAAGACGUACAGUCCCUAAGGGAUGAACACCUCAGGAAUAGAGAGGGACAGACAGAUAGACACAGCUGAGGGAGGCAUUUCAGAAAACACACAGACACAAGUCCACUGCAGGUAGGGCUUUUUUACGAAGCUUAUAUAAGUUAAGGUCUUCCUACAUAAGUGCCACCUGGAGCUCAUUAAAUGCAACGACUUUUGACACCCAGGGACAAAUAGGGAGCUGGAUGAUGAUGUCCAGUUCCAUGAUAUCACAACUUAUUUUAAACUUAAUUUUAAGAUUUGUGAAGGCAAUAAUAGUGACUAGUCAAUUCUAUCAGUAUUAAUAUGUGUAGACCAUACACACACACACCCUUUAUUGUCUCUCUUCCUUUCUGAAAUUGCAUGAAAUGAACAUGCUAGAUUCCUUCAGAAAUACCCACAUCUUCUGUCCUUCUGAAGGCAGAAAAAAUUGCUUUUAAGCAGCUUUGACUAUUCACCUCUUGCUAUUUGAAAAUGUUGUUUUUCAUGAGUACCCAUGUCACCUGCUGGGCAGGGCAAGGCCACCUGGGUGGGACAGCCUCUUCGCACCCAGAGCUUGCAGCAGUGUGUGCAAGCCGGAGGCUCCUACACUCUGACUUUAACCCCGUGUGAGAUUCUGUCUGAUCAUCAAAUCUUUACGUUCUGGGCCUGGAGGUGAUAUGCAUUUGUUGUCUUAUGGAUGUCUUAAUGCACCUUUGGUACGGAGUCACAGCUUUGGGUAAACUUUUUAAAAUUAACGUGCUGCUAGUGCAUGCCGCUGUUAAUUGAUGUUGUUAUCCAUGUUGUCCACGUGGAUAGUAAGUCACGUGUGUCUCAAGGAAGCAACUUCAUGGUGAAGAGACUCAGGUUAAGGUGCCGGCUGUAAACAUAACAUGCAAGUCACAUGUCCCCAUGCCUGUUUGUACGCCGCUGGUGUAACUUUGAGGCUUGUAAGUGGGACAGGAAAGAUUUCGCAGCUUUGACGAGGUGACAGAUGGAUACUGACAGUGCAUGCAUUCUUUACGUCUUUGGACAGCAGUCAUUUGCAAGAGUGAGGAUGGUACACUCCGCAGUCCCCGCAGCCUCUUCCCGUGGGGAGAUGGAUGCCGUACUUGGCCUCUGGGCAGUGCUCGGCUACGAUCUUGAGAUGAUUACGUUCAGUCCGUGCUGCAGAGGUGGCACGCCUUAGCUGAAAGCGGGCAGUUAUUUUUCUGAAAGCCGGACACUCCCCUUUCUUCUCAUCGUUAUCCCACGAAGCCAGCUCUGCUCUGUAUCCGGCUCCUGUGGCCAGAACUCAGAAAAGCACACACCAGCAAUGCGGCUGCUCUAUGAACCAUUGAAGGUAGCUUAUCUGUUUCCCCUACAUUAUGGAAAAUCAUACCUAGGAGACACGUGAGCUUUAGCUAAAUUUCCUGCCACGCUCACCUCCCACUUUAAUGGAUCUGAGCAGAAACCCCACCUUUAGGGGAGCCUCAUGUGACACACAGUGUUUGUGAGAAUCCAGAAGUCCCGCCUUACAAAGAUGACUGAUCACCCAAGGAAGUCAGUCAGUUCCCAGUAGUUGGAGGGCACAGCGUUCCCAGGGUAGGGCGUCUCCCAGAAGGGUCUCACUGAGGAGCAGUUGUCAGAGUGAAGCCUCGAGGUAGCUCCAGAGGCCCAGGUGAUCCCUGCUGCUGGGUCUCCUGGGAUAGCAGCUGUGCAUGGUCACAGCAAGCUGGCCACCCAGACAUCAGCAGAGUCCCCCUUAAAGUCCUGUGACAUGCUGGUGGCUCCUCGGAGCAGGUCCCUGUGAGGCAUAGAGGCCUUGCUCUCCAUGUAGGUUUGCUGAUGCUGCCACCACUCCUGUUUUUUAGUACGGGGACUGAACCCAGAGCCUGGCAUGUACUAAACAAACACUUUGUUGCUGAGCAAGAAACAAACCCCAAAGCAGCAUUUUUAUCUGCUUGUAAGUGAACAGGGCUGUGCACUGGGGCCCAGUUUUCUUCCCCUUCUUCCAACAUGUGCUCAUUUAAUCCAAUGAUGAAAAUUUUAGAAAACAAUUUGGGAAGAAUUUGAAUGGGUCACUGCAGAGACCCAUGUGGGAACAAGGAUGCUCAGCCAGGUCAGGAAAGGGACCCUGCAGGAAUUUUCCUAUUUGUCAGCAGCUGCUUGAUGAUUAACUCCGGAAAAGAUCCCACCAUUUUAUUUUUCCAGAUUGGUAAACCAAAAUCCAUAGAAGAAAAAUCUUUUCAGAAUAUUUUACUUGCUGACGUUUAGUGGCGAAAAUCUGAGUCGUUAAGACCUCCCGAACUCUGUAGCUCCCAGUGGUGAUCCAGCAAAGACUGAAGAGUGGUGCUAUCCACCCUGAGGAGGUGGAGCUUCUGCUCCCUGGCAGCACAGAGCUGUUCCCUAGAAUGGCCCUGUGCCCAAGACAAAGGUUUGUGCCUGCAGCAUGCACGAACCCUCCCAGUGUACCUCAUUCUCCUCGGUCUCUGAGACAGGAUCUUGUUUUGGCCUACCACCUUCCAUCCAGAUCACCCCAGCCUUGCAAGUCCUCAGUGUCCUCCUUCCCACCUGAGGAACAGACUGUGAUCCUCCUGAAGGGAGCCUGCAUUUUAAGGGGAUGCCAGCAGCUCCACUGUUAUGGAAGGCAGCCAGCGAACAUGCCUGUUGGCUGUCCCCCAAAGCUCUCUGCAAACACUGAGUCUCUAAUACAGCCACAGGGCCAUAGACUGAAAAAAGGGAAGAAAUGCUUCUAUCAGAG